GAGUAGUGUGAUUAGCUCAUUUGUCAUUAGUUGAACACCAAGCAGAAAGCAGAAGUACAAAGAAAUAGCACCCUCCAAUUCUGAUUAGCCUCUUGUUUAUACCACAUUGUGAGAAGCUGAGGCUGCACUGGCUCACUUACCCCUUUUGCAGGCACAAAUGUUCUAAGUCCCUUGUCCCUUGGAGAAAGGAAGGAACACCUCCCUCCAGAGUGUUAGCAAGAGACAGAAGUGAUCCUGCAAACUACCACCACCACCACCAUGAAGACAUCAAGUGCUCUUCUUUUCAUCUUAGUCCUGCUUUACAUCAAUGCCAGCACAGAAUGGCCUACACACACAGUCUGCAAAGAGGACAACUUGGAAAUACAUUACAAAAGCUGUGAUCCCCAGCAAGAUUUUGCUUUCAGCAUUGACCAUUGUGCUGAUAUUGCAACCCACACCUUUAACAUCAGAGCUGCAAUGGUCCUAAGACACAGCAUCAAGGAACUCUAUGUCAAGCUGGACAUGAUCAUAAAUGGAAAGACUGUCUUAACCUACUCAGAGACGCUUUGUGGGCCGGGUCAUGAUAAGCUUAUUUUCUGUGGAAUGAAGAAAGGAGAACAUCUCUAUUAUGAGGGACCAGUCACACUGGGAAUCAAAGAAAUCCCUCAGGGAGAUUACACACUUUCAGCAAAGCUGACUAAUCAAGAUCACGUCACUGUCGCUUGUGCCGAUUUUACUGUGAAAAAUUAUUUAGACUAUUAUUAGCAACAAACCAAUUUCAUGAAAGCUACAGACUACCAAAACUAUUCAAGUCAAGUAGGCUGCUUGCAUGCUACAGUGAUUCUGAAGAAAAUAAUCCUCACAUGGUGAUUCUGAAGCUGUUCCUCUUUAGAAUUCGCUAUUUUCAAGAAGUUGCUAGAUCCUCUAGUGGUAAUUUUAUCUCUAAACGCACACUGUAGCCUACUUUUUUCUUCUAAUAUAUACAGCUGUAAGAAGAAAGUAUCCAAUACCAACACUCUCAUCUUAGGAUGAAAAUAGCAUGAGGCAGAACAGGCGAGAGCCUAAACACUUUUUUGCAGUAAGUUAUGGAGGUAUCCAUUUCUAACACAGGCUAGAAGAUGACUUUCACAUAUAUCACAUAUUAUGCAGUUACAGAACUCAACAUCUUAAAUCUUCUCUGGAGCCUGUCUGGAGAUUCCACUAGCACAGCUUUUGUUAUAACCACAGAACAAAAGCAAAUAGGACGAACAUGCCUUUUUUCCAGUGAUCGAUGCCCUGUCACUGGAUUCAUAUCAGUCUAGUCUUCUGGACACUACCUGGAAUUUUUUGUUCUGUAAUGUCUUUUAAGUGAUGUGUGAAUCAUUCUGUACCUAGGCUAUGUGCUCUUCUUGCUUCUCAAUAAAUUCAUAAUGAAAGACU